AUAUACCAGAUAGAUACAGCAAAGCCUCUCUCUGUGCACAUCAAUCAUUCGUGAAGGUUUUUGUUCACGUGUAAAAGCCCCUAACAACCAAUCGUUUGGGGCUCCAAGCCAACCCUCUGCAUCUCUUUCUCUUCAAUUCAAGAGAAACAGAGGCAAAUUAGGGUUCAAUUUUCUUUCAACCUAUUCUAAACAGAGCAUUAUCUCUUCCCCAAAGAAAAAGCUUAGCAAUAUGAAGGCACUUAUUCUUGUUGGAGGAUUCGGAACUCGAUUGAGACCGUUAACUCUCAGUGUCCCAAAACCACUUGUUGAUUUCGGCAACAAGCCCAUGAUCCUUCACCAGAUUGAGGCUCUGAAGGCUAUAGGAGUUACUGAAGUGGUUCUGGCUAUCAACUAUCAGCCAGAGGUGAUGCUCAACUUUUUGAAGGAUUUUGAGACUAAGCUUGGGAUAAAAAUCUCAUGUUCACAAGAGACUGAGCCGCUUGGAACUGCGGGCCCCCUGGCCUUAGCCAGAGACAAGCUAAUUGAUGAAUCCGGAGAACCGUUUUUCGUUCUUAACAGUGAUGUUAUCAGUGAAUAUCCCCUGAAACAGAUGAUUGCAUUCCAUAAGUCCCAUGGUGGUGAAGCUUCUAUAAUGGUGACAAAGGUGGAUGAACCUUCAAAAUAUGGUGUGGUGGUUAUGGAAGAAUCAACCGGGCAAGUUGAAAGGUUUGUUGAGAAACCGAAAGUGUUUGUGGGUAACAAGAUUAACGCUGGGAUUUAUCUACUGAACCCUUCGGUUCUUGACCGUAUCGAACUGAAGCCCACUUCAAUCGAGAAAGAGACUUUCCCAAAAAUCGCAUCUGAGAAACUGCUAUAUGCAAUGGUCCUACCCGGGUUCUGGAUGGAUAUCGGACAGCCCAAAGAUUACAUCACGGGCUUAAGGCUCUACCUGGACUCUUUAAGAAAGAAUGAGCCGUCUAAACUGGCUACUGGACCACAUAUUGUGGGUAACGUUCUGGUUGAUGAAAGUGCUAAGAUCGGUGAAGGAUGUUUGAUUGGGCCUGAUGUCGCAAUUGGGCCGGGCUGCGUGGUUGAGUCGGGUGUCAGGCUGUCCAGGUGUACUGUGAUGCGUGGGGUUCGUAUCAAGAAACACGCGUGCAUCUCAAGCAGUAUUAUCGGUUGGCACUCGACUGUUGGUCAGUGGGCCCGGGCUGAGAACAUGACGAUUCUUGGAGAAGAUGUGCACGUUUGUGAUGAGGUGUACAGUAAUGGGGGCGUGGUUCUGCCACAUAAGGAGAUCAAAGCAAGCAUCUUGAAGCCGGAGAUAGUGAUGUGAAGACUGUGUCGAUAUAUGUUUCUAGCUGAUGUUUUCAGAGGUUUAGUUUGUGUAAUGUGUUUGUAUUUAUGUUUCUUUAAGUAUCUUUUGUUUUUAUAAGAGUGUAAAAGUUAUAAAAGACCUCGUUAGACAUUAGAAACAUAGAUUUCUUUGCCCGCACA